AUGAUAGGCAUCUUUGUGUUUCUUUUUCAAGGGUCGGAACAAGGUCCUCACGAGAAGCUUCUGCUCAACAACUUGCUAGCAGCAUACAACGUUCUGGAGAGACCUGUCGCCAAUGAGUCGGAGCCCUUGGAAGUGAAGUUCGGCCUAACGCUGCAGCAAAUUAUUGAUGUGGUCAGUAUGGAUUCGUUAUUCAUAGAUCGGUUGACGUUUAGUUAG